AUGGCUACUCUUACUGCGAGAAGAAAGCGUGUUUUUGAUUCAGUAUUCAAAAAGCCCGAGAUUUCAGAACCAACCCCAGUCGCGAGCCCAACAGGUAGCUUCACAACUCCAAGCCAACCAUUCGAAGGACCAGAAAACUUUAAUAAUGAACCAAAAAGACCUUCUUCCUCAAAUACGACCAGCUCGCAACAGCUUGGUGGACAUAUUGGGGAUCAAUCUGUAGACCAAGUUCGUGAUCAAAUCCAGUGGGACAGAUCUUGGCAUACUGUCACUUAUCGUCUCCAACUUUCAGAUGUACCACCAGAUCCAAGUUCUAUCGAGACUCUAGAAUCCCUGUCUAUACCGCCUGAUCCGUCCUUUGAUGGUGCUUUAAAGGAUGUCCUGGAUUCUGCUAGGCGCUUGCCGUUUGCCCUCCAUACGGAAGAUCUUCUUGUUUGGCACACCCAGCAAGUCCGUAGACAUCUUCUUCAUCGAAUCUUGCCGAUGUUGCGAGGAUUCACUAAUGCUGAAGGUGCCGAGUCAUUGGUUUUUGGCAGUCUUAUCACUGCAUUAAAGACAGUACUCGAAAAUUAUGUUUCUUCUAUCCUUGGCCUACGAGGCGGGGAAGGCUCUGGUAUUGCACCUAUCAGUACAAGAACAGAUGAAGUUUGCAACGAAAUGCUCAACCUCGUCGAAUCGUUGUAUAAAGUUGGUCUAGCACGGGAGAAUUUCCAGGUGAUUUUCGCCGAAAUCAUGAAUCGGUCCAUGACCGAAUAUGUCAAUCGAGGUUGUAGGGGAUUGUGGUCUUCCAACCAAGUAAACAUGACUCCCGAAGAUGGUGAUAGGAGAAACUCUGUACUUCCACGAACGGCACAUCACGUAUCGCCGUCCAACUGCGUAACAGACCUUUGCGGCUGGAUUGAAGAUCGAUAUUCUAAACUUGCGGUUUUGGUCUUCAAAGUUAUAGACAAUGUUGAAGUGGCCUGGAGUGACAUGGAAAAAUGGAAGGAAAUGAGCAUCGGCCGUCUUGCAGCACUCAGGACGGAUGAGCUCUUUGAUAUUGUCGUCAAUUGGCCAAAUAGCAACGGAGCAUUGCACGACCUCCGAACAACUAUAACAACACCUCAAAGACGUUUGCAUUUGACAGAAGUUUUCGCAGCCACUUUGAAAGAGAGGUUGCUGCACCCUGGAGCUUCCACGUUACUGAUCUUACAAACAUACAUCUCGAUGAUAUGGUCAUUCCACUCGCUUGACCACUCGAAGGUACUUCUAGAUCGUGUAGCAUAUCCAUUGCAGGUUUACCUGUGCUCACGAGAAGACACGGUCCGAAUAAUUAUCACAGGGCUACUCUCGGACACCGUAGAUGCGCAAGGAAAUCCCGUAGAACCUGGUGGGGAUAGACUCAUUGAGCUGGCCCAGUUACUGAAUGACAAUUCAGAGCAGUCGGGACGAAAUAUUGAUGAUGAAGAAUUAGACUGGCAUGAUAUGGAGUGGGUACCUGAUCCUGUAGAUGCAGGACCAGGAUAUAAGAGGUCUAAAAAUGCCGAUAUUAUCGGGACAUUGAUUGGGUUUUUCGGAUCUCAAGAAGUUUUUAUCAAAGAAUUUCAAAGUAUCAUUAGUGAAAAUCUUUUGAAGAAUGAUGGGGCUUUCGAAAAAGAGAUCAAAGUCCUCGAACUACUCAAAUCCCGCUUCGGAGAAUCUCCACUGCAAAGUUGCGAAGUAAUGCUAAAAGAUAUUCUCGAUUCCGUGCGGCUUGACCUCGCUAUUCGCAAAACUCAAGAGCUCAGUCUGGCAGAAAGAGAAGCCACACCUCCCCCGCCAAGUCAACCAAUUCUGCAUACCAAAAUUCUUUCCCGUCUUUUCUGGCCUCCUCUCCAAGAAUCCGCCUUCACUCUCCCUCCCCAAAUUACCAAUCUUCAAUCCCAUUACUCCACGGCCUUUUCCUCCCUCAAACCUGCUAGAAAGCUCACUUGGCUCCCUGCGCUUGGCCAUACAACCGUCGAACUCGAACUGGCUGAUCGUACCGUGGUAGAAGAAUGUACGACUUGGCAAGCCACUGUAAUUUCCUGUUUCCACAGUGAAACAAGCAGCAUCGACGCAGAUGAAGAAGUUGGCUUGAGCAAAAGCAUCGAAGAAUUAAGCUCAGAACUACAAAUGGAAUCUACUCUAAUCCUUUCUGCUCUCAAAUUUUGGGCCUCCAAACUCGUUCUCCACGAGUCCCCACCAAAAUCUCAAAUCUAUUCCGUUCUCGAAACUUUGAACGCAUCAGAGCGUGCACGUUCUGAUGCUCUUGCUUCGGCGACAGCCAAUGCUGAUAAUAACGAUGAUGAAGGAGAAGGAGGAAAGGGGGAGAAGGGUAUCACGGGUGAACAUGCAAAGGUCUAUUGGCAGUUUGUCCAGAGUAUGUUGACGAAUAGCUCGAGUCGGAUGGGAGCGCCGCAAAUUGCUAUGAUGCUGAAAAUGUUGAUCGCAGAGGGAUUUCCGUAUAGCAACGAGGAAUUGCUAGAGUGGUUGGGUGGGAAGGUAGAGGAGGGGGUAUUGGAGUGUGUAGGGGGCCGGUAUAAGUUGAGGAAGUAA